CUGAAUAUUAUCGCAGAAACUCUGUGUCUGUGACCAAUAUUUCUUUCGUCUAUAAACAAUAGCUCAGCAGGAGUGGGCAGUGGUAGACUGAUAAAUUUUAUCUGCUUGACCACUCCCACUACAUUCAAAACCGGAUGCUCACCAUAUUUCAGGAAAAAGCAUGCGGAAAAGUUCCUUUGCAGUUGCAAAUAUGCUGACAAAGAGGCUAUACAUAAAAUAUUUAUUUGUGUGUCUAAUACUUUACACGUUUAUAUUUGUUUUGCAGAAGAGAUUGAAAACUUUUCCUUCUGGAAAAGAAUGUGCUCUUACUCACAAUGCGACCAAACAAUUUAUUAAAAUAGGCAAUGAAAUUUCCAGUGGUAACAUACCAGAACUCGAGUAUGAUGGUAUAAAAAGGAGACUGACCGAUUCACAGAACAUGCCACACCUCUGGUCAAUCUUGAAAAUGUGUGGUCAAUACAACCUUAGAACACCUCUUGUGAAGAGGCAUUAUUUACACAACCCAAAUAAUACAUCGAUGUAUUGUUGGAUUCGCAAAGUUGCAUCCACAAGUUUUAUUAAAUUGUUUUCCGAUAUGAGGAAUCGGAGUAUUUCAAAGGAUUACUAUAAAGAAAUUGAUGUUUUGUCUCCAAAAACAAUUAAAGAACUAGAAGAUUUGGUCAACGACAGUAAAGUGUUUAAAUUUUUAGUCAUACGUCAUCCCUUUCAGAGAAUUGUAUCGUCAUACAGAGACCGAAUAGAAGACAAUACAAAGUACACGGCGCAAGCUUGGAAAUACACUAAGAUGAUAUUCCACUUGACAAGACCAGAAAUAUUUUACAAAAACGGGACAACUGGCAGCUCAUUGAAUAGAAUAUUUCACAAUAAUAAAAGAUUAAAAUUGGUUCCUACUUUCAAAGAGUUUGUAACUUGGUUACUACAAGAACCCACAUCAAACGAUGAUGUGCACUGGGAUAGUUAUUAUUCGCAUUGCUCAGUCUGCGAUGUGAAGUACAAUUUCGUUAUGAAACUAGAAGAUUAUUCCAUCGAAACGAUUGAUUUUAUUUUUUCAAAAAUGGGAAUAACUAAAAACCAGUUCUUUAUGCCAAGACUUCAAGCAACCCGAAACGGUUUCACAGAUAACUAUCGCACAUGCAGUUACUUCAAAGAUCUGACACAGGAGACAAUUUUCAAACUGUAUCAACGAUAUAAAAUUGAUUUCCAAAUGUUCAAUUAUACUCACGAAAAUUACUUAAAAUGCGCUCAUUGAGAUGAAAAUAAUGAAAUACGUAUACUAGGAGUCAAAAAUAUUGUAUGCUAUUAAGGAUUAAUUGGUAAUUAAGCAGAUAGAUGUCAGUGUAUUGUCCUCGUUAAACAUCGCGCAGAACGCAGUUACUCAUCUACAUUUGAAUAAAGUAAUCUAAAGUUAAGUUGUGUAAGUUUGUGAUGCCUGUGUCACAAUACAUUAAUUUCAAUUGUUGAUUCAUUCUGUCUACCGCUGAUCCAUUUAUCGAAACGGGAACAAGGUACGGCACAAAUUUGAAUUUGAAUAUUUAAAUUUUUAACAGGCUGAAGUUAGUAACGUCAACAUGAAGAAACGUGGGUGACAAAUCAUUGUAUCGCAAUUUUAAAGUGACUAAAAUAGUUGAGUAAGUUGAGUUAUCAAAAUAUGAAUAUAUUUCUUCUUAUUAUAAUUUACGGCGUCGCCA